AUCUGCAAAGAUGCGUGCGUUCGCUUGUCUUAUAUUUGUCGCUCUGGCAUACGCUACUGAAGGAGCUCCAUCUCCUUCUAUCAUAAGUGAGGAUGCUCCUAUUGACAUUAUGGAUGUAGCUCCUAUUGGUAAAUUUAGGUAUCAAGCGUCAAUAAGAGUAAACGACUCACACAUAUGCAGUGGAUCUAUUCUUGAUGAUUUUAACGUGUUAACAUCAGCAAAAUGUGUUGUUGCAUUGAAGUGUUCAACAGAUGAAAUAAAGGUCCAUGUCGGCACAAACUCUUUAACCAAUACAGGAUAUAGGCAUAACGUAGAAAAUAUUAACAUCCAUCAAAAUUACGAUGAAUUAUUAUGCAAUAAUGACAUCGCCUUGAUUCACCUUAGCGAUCCUAUCAAACAACGCAACGUGCUAGUAUAUCCGAUAAAUCUUCCAAAAUCCAAUAAAAAUUUCGAAGGCAAGCCGUGCCUAUUAUCUGGAUGGACAAAUACAACAAAUGGAGACUUGCAACAAACUGAAUUGACAGUUGUUAAGCAAAAAGAAUGCGCGAAAAGUCACUGGGAACUGACAGAAAGCCAUAUCUGCGCUACAGCUCAAAACAGAACGAAUGAAUACAAGGACGAUCUUGGUGCACCUUUGAUCGCUAAUGGUGUUCAAAUUGGAAUCGUUUCCUUCGCCUGUUCCUGUACUCUUGGACAGCCAGAUGUUUACACAAGAGUGCCCAGUUUCCUGUCUUGGAUCAAAACAAAUUUGAAGAAUUAAGAGAUAUUUCAUUUGUUUAUUACCAUUAGGUGUUACGAAAUU